AUGUUCCUCAGUCAAAUUUAUACUCUCAAAAUCCAACAAUUUUUGCAUUCUAAAGAGUCUAGUAACAGUGAUAAUUCUUUAGAGAGUUUAGAAUCUCAAUCUGAGAACAAUUAUUGCUACUGUGCAUCGGAGGAUAAGUCAUCGAGUGAAUCGUCGACUGAUUGGUACAAAGUUAAAGACAGUAGAAUGCAAAAAGUCAUGCUGAUUUUAGAUAAAGUGGAUUAUGAUCUGAGAAAUUAUAUUUUAAAUCAGAUGAAUGUUGACGUUCAACUAGAACAAGCUAUUGAUUAUUUAAAUAAAAAUAAUUGAAUAAAAAAUAUUUUCCUAACUACCACAUGUAUGUACAUUUGCAUUUUUUUUUAAAUUUAUAAUUCUAA